ACAAAGAGAUCACCAAUGAACACCACAACACUCUGGAGAUCAUUGAUACGUCAAAAACCUCUUGGGUUAAGACACAUAAUAACAAGAAACCUUGCUCUGACAAGAAUUGUCUUGAACUCGGUUCCUCCAACUACCGCCACUGCCACCACCCCUGCCAAACCCUUGACUCAACUUGAAAUCGCAAGAUCAAAAUUCAAACCAGAAGAACUUGAAGCUGCAAGAUUAGCCAGAUUGGCAGGUUUAGGAUGGUUAUCUAAAUUACCCGAGAAAUGGAUCCCGUACUUUGAACUAAUGAGGUUGGAGAAACCAGUGGGUACCUGGCUAUUAUUAAUUCCAUCAAUGUGGGGGAUCACCAUGGCCUCCUACUCCAUUCACGCACCAUUAUCUACCACGCUCACCGCCAUUGGGUUAUUCUCUGUUGGUGCUGUGAUUAUGAGAGGAGCAGGAUGUACAAUUAACGAUAUCUGGGAUAGAAACCUAGAUAACCAAGUGGCUAGAACUAUGGAACGUCCAAUCACCAGUGGCCGAGUCUCGGUUCCUCAAGCAGUUGGGUGGAUGGGUGUACAAUGUUUUGCCGGGUUGGGUAUCCUAUUAAGUUUGCCUAGUCAAUGUUUUGCCUUGGGUGCUUUAGCAUUACCGUUCGUGGCAGCAUACCCAUUAUUCAAGAGAUUCACAUACUAUCCCCAGGCCAUGCUUUCGAUCUGUUAUAGUUGGGGUUGUCUCUUGGGUUUCCCAGCCGUGGGUGCUCCUCUUAACUUAUGGGUAGCUAUUCCUUUAUUUAUAUCCAAUUGGAUCUGGUGUUUGACUUAUGAUACCAUUUACGCUCAUCAAGACAAAAAGUUUGAUAUUCAUGCUGGUAUUAAAUCCACGGCCUUGGCUUGGGGCGACAAGUCCAAACCAAUCAUGAAGGGAUUAACUGUUGCCCAAGCUGGAUUCUACACUUUAGCCGGAGUCAUGAAUUCCAUGGGUCCAUGUUUCUACAUUGCUGGCGCUUAUGCUAUUGGUAGGUUAUACAACAGAAUCUCCAAGGUUGAUUUAGAUGACCAAAAAAGUUGUUGGAGCGCAUUCACCUCCAACAUUAAUACUGGGUUUAUUUUCUUGUUUGGUAUUGCUGCUGAUUACAUCUUGUUAUUGCUUGGCUUCUUGUAAAUAGAAUUAGAUCUAUAUCUAUACAGUAAGAAAAUCUUGAUAUAACUUUUUAAUACGUGAUGAUUCUGACUUGGUUACCACUUUACGAAUGUUAGUUUCACGGGAACUCAGUUUGAGAUCGACAAUGGCAUGUUCGAGGAACUUGAGAAGGUAUAUUAAAGGGAACGAAUUGGGGAUGAUCUCUAGUAAGUCAACAGGUGAUAUGUGACUUUUACUGUAGGUUUCCACGAAAUGCUCAAUUGCUGGCUCAACCUUUCUUUCUUCUUCAUAUAAUUUCAAAUAGAAUUUGAAUAUUCCAAGCAAAGAUUGUUGAACUUGUUGUUCCUCUAUCUUUUUUUGUUCUGGGGUAAACUUUGGAAAAUAGAAUGUUUGCUUGGGUAAUGCUAAUUGGUUUAUAAUAGCCACUGUUUCUGCAUUGCUGUAAUCAUGGAAUGCAAGUAACUUCUCAAUAUUUGGUUGAGCAAUGAACUGAUGAUAUUGAAAGAGCUUAUGGUCUGGCGUAGUAUAUACCUUGCCAUAUUUGUGGUAUUUUACCCAACAGAGUUCAAAUGAUUUCAAGUAUAAUACAAAUAAAGUUUCUGAGUCCUUGGAUUUCCCACUAAUACUAACAAAAUCCAACCAAGAUAUCUUGGGCCAUUUGUCUUUCUCUAGAGAAUUAAUUGCUUCAUACUCCCUCAAUAAAAGAUCAUAUGAUGCUUCUGCUUCUUCAGAACAUACAGUGGAGGAAAUCAUGGUGGUACUUAUUGUCUCUAGCAAUUCAUCAAAUAUUUCCUGAUUUUCUGUAUCUUCCAAGAAGGAAGAUUCCAAUAGUUCAAUCAGCAAUAUAGCAAAUCCCUUGGAUGAAUCUGAAAGUUCUUUGGUUACAGCUCUGUUUAUAUCAUUGUAGCGUUUUGCAGCUUUUGAUCUCAUAAAUUCAACACCUUUGUCCUUGUCUACUCUGAUCACUUCAAGAAGUAACUUUCCAUAAUCUUUAUCGGUGAGAGUAUUACUGCCAAGUAAUUUAAUUGCCGUGUGAAUGUGCUUGCGUGAUAGAUCUUCCGAUAGUAUGUUUGCAUAUAAGCUGGCUAUCUGCAAACGAUUAUCAUUAUCAUGUUCAAAUAAUGUCUCGUAUGCCUCUAGUAUUGCACCGCUCAAGGACUUAGU